UCUUUCCUAUUUUCUUAAUUUUGACAAGAACAAUCUCUCUGCUAAUCAUUCAUUUCUUCAUAAUUCUUCCUCUGAUCACCUACUAGAGACACGCAAAUGGCUUACGCUGCUGUAACUUCGCUAAUGGGAGCUCUAAAUCUACAUUUCUUGCAAUCACAACCACGCUUCCCUCUUCAACACAAACAAGAGAUAGUUUCUCUCCAUGAAAAUCUAGGUUUCCUGCAAGAAAAUCUUGACGAAUCUGAGAUCGCCGCCUAUGAUAAUGCGGGGGCGAUGAAAGAUUUAGAGGCAGAGAUGAGAGAUGUAUCGUUCAAAGCUGAAGAAAGGAUUGAGAUGGAGUUGACUGCCAUUUAUCUAGCAAAGGACAGCCUUCAAUCAAGCAGUAUAGAGGCUUGCCUCCUCAGUCUUCACGGAAUCUUCAAUGAAGCAGUUAAACAGACUGAUUACCUGAAGAAGAAGUUGAUUCAGAUUAAAAGUAAGCAGCAGCAGCAACUUUCAAAGGGUUCAUCACUCACUCGUUGGAUGCGACGAAAAGGACUACUCCUUGGAAUUGGUUCAACAUCAUCACAGCCUGCAGAUCUAGAACGCGACAACAUUACUGUGAGUAAAUUUUCCAAAACAGCUUCAAUGGUUGGAUGCGACGAGGAGUUCAAUACGAUAAAGGAUCAGCUCACUCGACAAUCAGCGAAGCAGCUACAAGUUGUAUCAAUUGUUGGCAUGGGAGGAAUAGGCAAGACCACUUUAGCUCAAAAAGUGUAUGAAGAUCCAUCAAUUACUUCUUAUUUUUACAAGCAAGCAUGGGUUACUAUAUCCCAAGAGUAUACCGUGGGGCAAAUGCUCAGAUGCCUUAUUGGUUGUGUUAGUGCAUCAAGUGAUGAACAAAGCAGCGAUGACCCAGGCCGAUUAGCAGAAAGUCUGCGGAAAAGCAUGAAGGAUCAAAGAUAUUUGAUAGUGAUAGAUGAUAUAUGGAGCAAAGAAGCUUGGGAUAGUGUGCAAAGGUGCUUUCCCGAUGAUAAUAAUGGAAGCCGUAUAUUACUCACUUCUCUGAGGCAUCUGGUUGGAUGAUGCCACUGUUAAGGGACUUUUGUGUUGAAAAAAUUCUUUCAUUAGAAACAUUGUCGGUUGUUUAUAAUAACUUAGAGAAUAUAUCUUGGUUAGAUCCUAAGCUUUGUACAAAGGAUCUGUUUACAAGGAUCCCAAAUUUAAAAACAUUGGGGAUUGAUGGUGGAUACGCUCAAAGUCCAGAUUGCUUUUAUAAUUUUGUGCACUUGGAGCAGCUUGCGACACUAAGCAUAAGAAGGUGGCGUUAUCUCAAACGUAUUCCAUGUAGUGGCAUCCCAUGAGGAACAAGUUUUCUACCAAAUCUUAAGAAGCUCAAAUUCUUUAGGACUCGUCUUCUCCCGUGGAGUGAUAUGAGGCUUAUUGGUAUGUUGCCGAAUCUAGAGGUUCUAAAAUUGAUAAAUGCUUCCCAAGGCCCAACGUGGGAGCCAUAUAAUGGAGGGUUCUGUCGAUUGAAGAGGUUGGUAAUUGAAGACACACUGCAUAAAUAUUGGAAUGCCGGGAGUGACCAUUUUCCUGUGCUCGAAUGUUUAGAGUUAUGUAAAUGCAAGUAUUUGGAAGAGAUCCCUAGUGGUUUUGUGGAUAUCACCACACUAGCAUUGAUUCAGUUAAACUACUGUCUGGAUUCACUUCUGACUUCCGCAAAGUGGAUUCAAGAUGAGCGACUUAACAUCUAUGGAAAUUCCAUCCUUAUUGGUUCCGAAAACAUUAGCUUGAACGAGUAAACAUCUCAGAGGAAGAAUGCGACGAGGAGGAGGAGAUCAGAGUGAUGAAGGAGAAAUUGUUUGAAGACAAAAUUUGAAGCCCCCUUCAAUGUGCAUACUCUGUUAGCUGCGGAUGUUUUGGAGGAUUAGGCAGCAAGUUGGGUAAAUACUCUGUCACAUUUCGAUGCGACGGAGAGGACUACUGCUUGUGAAAGGAGGAUUAUCACAGCCUGAUCUAGCACACAAGAACAUUAUUGUGAGUAAAUUUUCCAAAAACGCUUCAAAGUUUGACGACAGUAGUAGAAUGGUGGGAUGCCACGAGGUGUUCAUGACGAUAUUGGAUAAGCUCAUGCAACAAUCAACUAAGGGGAGACAAGUUGUUCCGAUUGUUGGCAUGGGAGGAAUUAAUAGGCAAGACCACUUUGGCACGCAAAGCUUAUGAAGAUCCAUCUGUUACUUCUCAUUUCGAAAACAGCAUCAAGAGAUGAACUCCAUGAACAGAGCACUGACCAAUACCAAUUUGCAGAAAUGCUCUAUAAAUGUUGAAAGGUAAAAAAUAUUUGAUAGUGAUUGAUGAUAUAUGGAACACUACUGCUUGGGAUAGUGCGCAAAGAUGUUUUCCAGAUGAUAAUAAUGGAAGUUGUAUGCUAUUGACUUCUCGGCUCAAAGAAGUGGCUAAAUAUGCUAGCUCACGUAACUCUAUCGUUAACAUGCCUUUCUUAGAUGCCGAUGAUCGUUGGAGGCUCUACUGCAAAUGUUUAGAGUUACGUGAAAGCAAGUAUUUGCAAGAGAUCCCUAGUGGUUUUGUCGAUAUCACCACACUAGCAUUGAUUCAAUUAAACGACUGUCGGGAUUCCCUUUUGGCUUCUGCAAAGUGGAUUCAAGAUGAGCAACUCAACAACUAUGGAAAUUAGCCUGAAAGAGUAAUCAUCUCAGAGGAAGAAUGUAAUGAGCAGGAAGAGAGUGAUGAAGGAGAAAUUGUUUGAAGACAAAAUUCGACUUAAGACAGUAAGCAUCAAAAGUUGGACAAAGAAGCUAGUCCAGACUUCUCCUUCAAGAUGGCAAAGAAGGAGAAAUUGGAGGCCGAUGACAUUACAGAUUUAUGAGUUUCUGGCAAAGUGGGGGAGUAUCACAAAACCAAAAAUUUGAAGUUCCUAAGUACCACCUCGCUGAAGACAUUGGAGUAGGCUUAUGAAGACAUUUUUUUUUUGUCGAGUUGUAAUAAGUGUCUUCAGUUAAUUAACUUUGUUUAGGUUCUAAAUUUGUGGUUUUGUUCUCGUUGUUUUUGUUAUGAUGAAUGUAGAACUUGGAUUGUAGGAAUAUACAAGACCACUUUAGCUCGGAAAGUAUAUAAAGAUCCAUCAAUUACUUCUCAUUUU